AUGCUGAGUCCUAAGAUGCAAAGAACCAUCCGGGUGAACGAGAAUCAGCUUAUCAUGCUCUCCGAAAGGGCCCACUACGAUCACUCGCAAGCUGGGUAUCUGCACAAAAGAUCAGCGGAUAGCAACAAAUGGCAGAUGAGAUGGUUCGUACUCUAUCAGAAUCUGCUGUUCUACUACGACUCGGAGAGCUGUCAUCGUCCAUCGGGCAUCCUGAUGCUGGAAGGCUGCUACUGCGAGAGACUCAUCACGACGGGGAGCGCAUCGAAAUCGAAAGACGGCUCCGAGAGACAGUUCUGCUUUGCGAUAUCCUACAGAAAAGAUAAUAUCAGACAAUACGAAUUAAGGGCUCUAAACGAAAUGGACUGUAAAAACUGGAUAGAAGCUAUUAGAGAAGCCAGCUUCAACAAAUUAUUGCUGCAAAAGGAGGAACUGGAACAGAAACAUUUGCAUCUACUCCAAAUCGUGGAAUCCGAGAAAACAGCGAAAUGGCAAUACACAUUGCAAUGCGAAGAACUCGCGACGGAAAUCAAGAAACUCCGAGCAGAGUUGUUUGCUUUAAAAAAGGAAUGGAAGCCCCUGGCUCACCACACGUCCAGCGGCAGCCUGUCCUCGACGCAAGGCUCGUCCAGUUCCUGCGUCAGCGGCCACUUCGCCAACCUGGACCAGGACUCGAUCGAGCUCCGCAAGAUCAAGAAGGUGCAGAGCUUCUUCAGGGGCUGGCUGUGCAGGAGGCGGUGGAAGCAGAUCGUCGAGCAGUACAUCAAGAGCCCGCACGCCGAGAGCAUGCGCAAGAGGAACAGCCUGGUGUUCAGGAUGGUCGAGGACGAGGAGGAGUACAUGGAGCAAAUGGAGGUGCUGGUCACCUGUUUCUUGAGGCCCUUCAAGAUGGCGGCGUCUUCGAAGAAGCCGCCUUGCACGCACGAGGACGUCAAUUCCAUAUUUUUGAACAGCGAGACCGUCCUGUUCCUGCAUCAGAUAUUCCUGAAAGGGCUCACUGCUAGGAUGGAAAGCUGGCCGACGCUUGUUUUAGGUGACCUAUUCUCAAUGCUGCUUCCAAUGUUAAGUAUUUACCAAGAAUACGUUAGAAACCAUCACUAUUCACUGCAAGUUUUGACCGAAUGCAAGCAGUCAAUACCAUUUUCAACUCUGCUGAAGCGACUGGAAAGCAAGCCGGCAUGCCGCGGGAGAUCUUUGGAAACAUUCCUAACUUAUCCCAUGCACCAGGUUCCCCGUUACAUUAUAACGCUACACGAGCUGCUAGCGCACACUCCUCACGACCACGUUGAGAGGAAAAGUUUACAGAACGCCAGGCAACAGCUCGAAGAUCUUUCCAGGCAAAUGCACGAUGAAGUUUCUGAAACGGAAAAUUUGCGGAAAAAUCUGGCAGUCGAACGAAUGAUCGUGGAAGGCUGCGACAUACUGCUCGACGUUAACCAGGUUUUCGUCCGUCAAGGUUCUUUGAUUCAGUUGCCCAACGAUAAAUCGAAACCCAUUAAAAGCAAACUUACUUUCAAAUCGCCGGAGAACAAGGAAGUCGUCCGUCAAUGCUUCUUGUUUUCCAAUCACCUGAUCAUAGCUACGAGAACAUCCAGCGGAAAACUCCAUUUGGUUCCGGACGUUGGAAAAGUCCCUUUGGCCGAUUCCCUUCUGAUUGAAGAUCCAUCUGAAAGCCUCGACGAAGAUGUUUCCAGCCACUCCGCAGCCAGUGAAGCUUCAGCCGUUACUUCAACCUAUCAAAACAGAGAUUUCAAGAUAAUCAUCGAAACGAAAAGCUCACCACACACAUCAUUGAAAGCAGCUUGUACUCAACUGUCGGUGCACCUGUUAGCUUCUUCGAUGCAAGAAAAAGCCGCUUGGAUCUCGGACAUAAUCCAGUGCUUGGACAAUGUCCAAUUCAACGACAUGAUACGCCCGGCCACGCACGACAGCAGCUCGAUCAGCCUCCCUCAGUCGCUAAAAAACGAUCCGAAACUGUUCAAAGACGAAGCAGACAUCAGAUUCAGCCGCACGCUGAACUCCUGCAAGGUUCCGCAGAUAAGAUACGCCACUCCGGAAAGGCUGCUGCAAAGGCUUACUGACUUGAGGUUUCUGUCGAUAGAUUUCUUGAACACUUUCUUGCUGACCUACAGGGUUUUCACGGACGGCAUAACGGUGCUGGAGGCCUUGAAGAGGGUGUUCUACAGCAUCGACGCGGACCCGCACGAGGCGCUGCCGCUGGAAAGCCAAAGUAAGGACGAAAGUACCACGCAUCUGUUCGAUGAGCGCAGAAGGAGCAGCUUCUCGCCGCGGAGAACUAGCGGCGCUAGUUCCGUGUCCGGAUACGGAUCUGAAAUGAGCGACAGGGACAGAUCCCACAGUUACGAUUCGCAGGGUUACAAAGUUUGGAAAGCGACUUUGGAAAAAUACGAAGAGGAAUCGCAGGAAUCCGAAAAAGACGCGGAGAAACCGAGGAUUGUCAAGAGUCCAACGAAAAUGGGCGACACUCUGGCCCUGCCCGGCUCCAAAACUAUAUCCAUAAGAGUGGACAAGUCUAAAAUUACCGAAGAAAUUAAAUUGCUAAAAAUACCCAAAGUUACAGCAUCCAGUAGUAGUGAAACUUUAACAGACGCAACAGUCGUAAGUGCGCCUUGCUCGCCGAGCAAUUUGAGCUCAGUAACGCUCGUCGGUUCCUCGCCAUCUGAUAACGGUAUCGUCGAGACCGCUGAAAAGGAAAAAGAAACGUCCAAGUCGUCGCUGAAAAAAUCCUCCCCUAAAAUGUCUCCAACGAAACCGGCGACUCAGCCGCAGACGGGCAAAUCGACAAAACCCUCUCCGACUAAAUCGGCCAUUAAAACUCUGUCUCCAACCAAGGACCAGGGACGGCACGACCACCAGAAAAGACCGUCCGUCACCUUGAAGAGCGACGAUAAGUUCAAAGGGGUGCAAAGAGGUGUUUCAGUGGAAUCCGAGGAUCAAUCCGACGAGCACGUAUCGUCUUACAGUCACAGCCACAGGGCUUCUUGCAGUUCAUCCAGAUCCGCCAGCAUUUCCACCACCACAGGCGUCUUGCAAUCGUUCUUUCAGAGUUACUACGGCGUGAGGAGAUCGAUGCAAGACGGCGACACCUCCACGGCCAGGUCGAGCUUCCAGCACGAAAUCACGCAAAGACCCAGCCGGGCCGGCGUCGUCAUCACAUCUUUUCGACAAUCCAAGCGAAGAAGCAGCACUUCGAGCGCUGCGGCCGCCUUCGCCAUCGCCACCUCCGGCUCGAGCAACCCCAGGGACAUCUCCCCGGGCAAGGACCAGGAGGAGUACAACGCGGAGCGGGCGAGGCACAAGGAAUCGGUCAUAUCGUCGGCUUGCACGAUGAGAGUGCUGAACGUGCUCAGGCAUUGGAUAUCCAAACACGCGCAGGAUUUCGAGAACGACCAUCGCCUCAAGACCAUGACAAUAGAAUUUUUAGAGGACAUUAUUUACAGCCCGAACUUGCUGCCUGCCGAGCACAAGGCCGCGGCGCAGCUGUUGAGAUUGCUGACCAAGGAAGACCCGGAUGGUUCCAAGCUCGAUUUGAGGAGAUUGCUAACCCCGACUGCGGUGCCGACUAAAGAAUCCAUUGAGACACUAUCCGCUUUAGAAAUAGCGGAGCAAUUGACGUUCAUCGAUCAUCAAAUAUUCAUUUGCAUUUCUAGCGAUGAAUUUUUGGGGCAGGCCUGGAUGAAAUCGGAGAAAGACAAGAAAGCCCCCCACAUAAUAAUGAUGACCAAAAGGUUCAACGACGUUUCGAGACUGGUUGCAUCGGAGAUAUUAAGACGUAAGUCGAUAACGCAAAGGGUGGCUGCUAUAGAAAAAUGGGCUGCGGUCGCGGAUAUUGCUAGAUGUCUGCAUAACUUCAACGGUGUCUUGCAAAUAUGUUCUGCUUUUACUAACACGGCUAUAUUUCGCUUGAAAAAAACUUGGGAGAAGGUGUCGAAAACAACCAAGCACACCAUCGAAAAGUUGCAGAACGUUGUAUCGUCAGACGGACGGUUCAGGUCUCUCAGAGAUGCCUUGCAUCGAUGUGAUCCACCCUGUAUACCGUACCUUGGAAUUUAUUUAACUGAUUUGUCUUUUAUAGAAGAAGGUACGCCUAAUUUUACGUCGGAGGGUCUUCUGAAUUUCGCUAAAAUGAGAAUGAUCGCUCACGUGAUUCGCGAAAUUCGCCAUUUUCAACAAACACCGUACAAAAUCGAGCUUAUACAGAGAGUGGCCAAUUAUCUAUUGGACACCUCGAUUGUAAUGGACGACGAAUUGCUGUACAAUACUUCCCUGGAAUUGGAACCGAGGACUUCGAGAUUGGUCUCGCAAUCAUCUACGACUACUCUUAAAUAA